AUGUAAUAAAAAACACAAAAAGGCGAAUAAUAAUAUAAGAAAUUUCAAUUUUUUUAAGAAACAGAAAUUGAAGAUAAAUCAAAAAACCAUACAGAACAUUCCUUAUCAGAUGUAGACAUAAGUAAAGGCGAAUACAUAAAUCAUCGAUUAUAUUUUUGUUCAAAGAAGUUAAGCACUAUAUUUAUACAUGAAAAGGAUUAAAUAAUCUAUAGUUUUUAACCUUUUUAGCACCAAUUAUAUUCUAUAUAUAAAUCUCCAUAAUAUUUACUUGCAUAUGGUUCAGAAAGUUAAGAGCAUACAUAUUCUUAUUUAAAAAUAUAUUCUCCAGAAUAAUAAUAGGAAAAUCCUUUAAAAUUAAUUCGAACAAUAUAAAUAGGGAAAAAUCUCCAAAGUAAAGAUUGUAUGUCCUUUACUUUAACUUAAGAUUUAACAGCCAUUGCACUUGGAUUUAAAGACGGUAAUGUUAUUUUAUUAAAGUCUAUUGAUUUGGCAAGCUAGGCUUACAAAGAGUUUAAUAUUAAACCUAGUAAUUAGAGAAUUAAAUAACUUUUCCUUUCUAAAAUUGAUUAGUGUAUCCAUUUAUUUGUUUGUACUGAUGAAAACAUUCAAUGCUGGCAAGAUUGUACCAAAAAACAUAUACUUUAUUAACCAGGAGGAUAACUUUUUGAUCUUACUGCUAAAGGAACUCUUAUCGGAUGUUGUAAUGCUGAUAAUUCUACAAUUAUGGAAUUCGAUAUAAAGGAAAAAUUAAGAUAGUUUGCUUUUGAAGAUGAAAAUUGGUUAAAAAAUGUUAAUUAAAAAAUAUAUAUAAACUUUUAAAAUAUAAAUUUAAUUAAUUUUUUUUUAAAAAAAAAAUAGGAAAUAAGAUGUUUCAAAAAUAAUUAUUUAAUAAUUCUUUCUUUCUAAAAAGAAGAUUUUUAGAUUACAAUAUUUGAUUUAUUAAAUGAAUAUAUAGCCUUUAAAUAAAACUAUAAAUCCAUAUAAUAAUUAAUAAUUUCUCAAAACUUUAUUCAUUUAAUGCAUAUGACAUAAAAAGGAGAAAAAAAGUUAAUAAAACUAGUCGAAAGAGAAAAUGCUUAUAAAAUCGAAUAUUUCUUUAAGCGUUCAUUUUAUGAAGUAGCUUGGAAAUUCGCAAAAAAUCAAAAUUCAGAUCUUUCUCUAUUAGCAGAAAUAUCAAGACUUCAUGGAGAUAAUUUAUAUGGAAAAGGUGAAUUCGAAUUAGCUAUAAAAAAGUACAUAGAAACAGUAGGAUAUAUUGAACCAUCAUACAUAAUCCGAAAAUUUUUAGAUGUCGCACAUAUAGAUUAUUUAAUAUAAUAUUUGGAAGAAGUACACUCUAAAAAAUAAGCAGACAAGCAUCACACAGCUUUAUUAUUGAAUUGUUUUGUAAAGUAAAAAGACAUUAAAAAACUUGAUAAAUUUCUAAAUGAAUAAAAUUAUGAUUCUCAACUUUUUGAUAUAGAAACUGCAAUUAAAGUUUGUAGAGAAAGUAAAAACUUAGAUUUAGCUUUAAGACUAGCAGAAUAAAAUAAAUAAAGUGAAUAAUAUUUAGAUAUUCUUUUAGAAGAGGAAGAAAUGGAAAAUAAUGGAAAAUCAGCUUCAAAAGCUAUCGAUUAUAUAAGGACAAAAGUUGAUUUAUAGGACAAAGUAAAAUUCAUAUUAGAAUUCGGGUAAAAACUAAUGAAAAAUAACCCAAAAGAAUGCCUUGAACUUAUUUAAAAAAUCGUUCUUUUGUCCCAUAUAGCAACUUAAAUUAAUUCUAAAAGAUCUUAGUCAAAUUAAGCAGAAUUAAAAAUUACUGACAUGAAAAGUAAAUAGGUUUUGUAAUAUUUUAGUCUUUCAGAAUAGGAUGCUGAAUAAAUUUCUUAAACUACUUUUAGAAAACCUGAUGAGUUUUUCCAUAUUUUUAUUUCAGGAAAAGAUGAUUAACUAGAAGCUUAUUUAAAGUUUUUACUUGAAGAAGUUGAUAAUUUAUAAAACGAUAAAGCUGUUUUUCAUAGAUUCUUUGAGUUUUAUUUAGAAAUUUAUUAAGAUGAUUCGAAAAAUGAAAUGUAUUUAUUAAUCUUUUUUUAACAACAAAAUUAUUAUUAUAUAUAUAAUAGAAAAAUUGGUCCACUUACUUUGAAAGAAAAUGUUAAGUUUUAAAUAAUAGAUGUACUUAAGAAUCCAAAAUAUGAAAAGAAAUAUGAUAAGAACCAUCUUUUAGUAUUAUUUAAAAUGUAUAAUUUUGCACCAGGAAUAAUUCAUUUAUGUCAAUAAAUGCAAUUAAAAGAAGAAUUACUUAACUUUUAUAUUACUAAUAAUGAAAGUGAUAAAAUUAUUGAAUUAUGUUCUACAGAAUCAUAAGAAACUAAUUUAUGGGUUUAAGUAAUGUAUAUUGUAUUUAAAAUUAUAUUAAAGAUAUAAAAAAAGGCACUUAAAUAUUUCACAAAAUAAACAAAAAAUGAAAAAGUAUAAGCUGAUAAUGAAAAGAAGCUUAAUACAAUAUUACUUAAUAUAUAAAAUUUAAAUACAUUGUCACCUUUAUUAGUACUUAAUAUAUUGGCUAAAAAUAAGAAUGUUAAAUUUAAAUCUAUUAAAGAUUACUUUAUAAAAAAAUUAGAAGAAGAUUAAAAACAAAUAUAAAAGGAUUAAGAAAUAGUAAACAAAAAUACUAAUUAAGCAAAAGAACAUAGAGAGGAAUAUUAGAAAAUAAAAACUUAAGCAAAGGCAAUUUUUUUAAACAAAAAAAAUAAAAAAAAUCGAUAUUUAUUUAUUACUUUUUAGGUUUUCAACAUUAAAAAAUGUUCAGAUUGUGAAACAGAUCUUUCUAAUCCUAGAGUUCAUUUUAUGUGCGGACAUUCAUAUCAUGAAGGAUGCUUACAUAAUGAAAGAAAGGAAAAAGAAUGUGAAAAAUGUAGUUUAGAAUUCAAAAGUGUAUUAGAAAGAAAAGAAUAAUUUGAUUCACAAAUAAAUGACUCAAAAUAAUUCUUAGAAAGUCUUAACUAAUCUAAUAAUAAAUUCGAUAUUAUUUCUGGUUAUUUAGGAAAAGGACUUUUUUCAAGAAACAUGUUAAAUAAAUGA